GCCGGAAGCCGGAAGCAGAGUGGGGUGGCGCGGGCGGCGGGCUGCGCGGCCAUGGCGGAGAAGUUCGACCACCUGGAGGAGCACCUGGAGAAGUUCGUGGAGAACAUCCGGCAACUCGGCAUCAUCGUCAGCGACUUCCAGCCCAGCAGCCAGGCCGGGCUCAACCAGAAGCUGAACUUCAUCGUCACCGGCUUGCAGGACAUCGACAAGUGCAGGCAGCAGCUUCACGACAUCACGGUGCCUCUGGAGGUUUUUGAGUACAUCGACCAAGGCCGGAACCCCCAGCUCUACACAAAAGAGUGCCUGGAGCGGGCCAUUGCCAAGAACGAGCAGGUGAAGGGGAAGAUCGACACCAUGAAGAAAUUUAAAAGCCUGUUGAUCCAAGAACUCUCCAAAGUAUUCCCGGAAGACAUGGCCAAGUACCGGAGCAUCCGCGGGGAGGAGCACCCCGGCCCCUAGUGUGUCGCCCCGUCUGUGCCCCCGGGAUCGCCAUGACCCCCGGGUCCCCGUGUGGCAGCUCGGAGCCCACGUCCGGGGCCGUCCUCCAUCGUCAGCUGCUGUCCUCGCCUGGGCCCCUGUCCCGAGGCGUCCCUUCAGGUUGGUGGCCGAUGGCGCAGCCCCAGAGGGAGGCGUCCGUCCCUGGGACUCAACGCCUGGGGACACUGCGCUCUCUGUCCAUGUCAGCCAGCUAGCCAGCCAGCCAGCCAGCCAGCCAGAAACCAGCCUGGGGAACCAGCUCACCGUGAGGCCCGUCCUGGGGUUUUGUAUUUUGCGUCUGCAGGCCAAGAGCGACAGGCUCAGGGUGACCUGACCCGCGUCACAGGUGCAGCCUGGCGUGUGAGUGGCUCUGCGUCCUUUGUUUCACCUUUUCCCCAGUGUGGUGCAGUGUACCUUGUAAAUGGCCAGGAUCAUUUUCUUUUUUAUUUAUUUUUAAAUUUUAAUAGUGAUUGUGGGCCGGAUGGUGGUGCACCCGGUGAAGUGCCAGGACCUGCACGGGGGGUUUGGGCUUGAGCCCUCGCUCCCUCCCCUCCUGCAGCGGGGACUUUCACUUCACGAGCAGUCAGGCAGGGCUGCAGGUGGUUAUCUGUUCCUCUCCCUCUCUGUCUCCCCUGCCCCUCUCAGUUGCGCUCUGUCCUAUUGAAUAAAAAUGGGGAAAAAGAAAAAA